AUGGGAAUCCCUGGCAUUUGGAAUAUUCUGCUGAAAGCAGUUCAAUCGCGCGCUUUCACUGAGCUUACAGUGUUAGAAGGGUUUGAGGCAAAUCGGCGUGGAGCUCGAACCCUCUUGAUUGGUGUUGAUGCAAGCAUCUGGCUGAACCAGACACAAUCGAUCUUUCAUGUACCGGGCAUGCAUUACCAGGCCGGUGAAAAUCCUGAGCUCCGAUCUCUUUUCUAUCGCCUGGCACGCUUCCGAAAGCUCCCAAUCCACCUUGUUUUUGUUUUUGAUGGAGAACACCGUCCGUCCAUUAAACGGGGUGUCAAUGUUUGCACCAAGGCACAUGCACUGACGAGCUCGUUCCAGGAGCUUAUUGAGCAAUAUGGCUAUAGUUUUCAUACCGCACCCGCAGAGGCGGAAGCAGAACUGGCAGUUGUCAACGCCCACGGGAUCAUUGAUGCAGUCUUAACCGACGAUGCGGAUGCGCUCCUUUUUGGAGCAACUCAUCUCAUUCGAAACCCCAACGUUAAAGAAGAUGGUGACGACAUCAGGAUUUACACAGCUGAUGCCAUCCGCUCGACUUUGUCCCUCACGAGUGGUGGAAUCCUACUACUUGGGAUACUUAGUGGAGGUGACUACGAUCCGGUUGGAUUGCAGGGCUGUGGUAUGAAGACGGCCUACAGCCUCGCUCGUGCUGGCUUUGGUGAUGAUCUACUGGAUGCCGCCAAGACCUGCACACCGCCGGAACUGGAACAUUUCCUCGAGAAAUGGCGCAGUCGCUUAUGCACGACACUUCGGUACAACGACGCUGGUCACCUUUCAAGACGCCAGGUUGCCCUUUCAAAUAGUGUACCCGCUACGUUCCCCGACCCCAAAGUCCUUGCUCUCUAUGUCAACCCUAUCACGUCGUGGUCCCCUGGCCAGAAACUACCCAAUACAACUGCAUGGAUACCUCGAGAGGUCAACCUCACCAAACUAGCUGCGUUCUGUGAGCGCUCAUUUACCUGGGGUACUUCUGAAGGUAUCCUUUCAUGCUUCCAAGAACACGUUUGGCCCGGCAUGACUCUUUAUCGACUGGUUGAGGAAGCUAAUGUUGAUCCUACCACGAUGCUUACAGCACAUUUUGCACAAACUAUUGCUGAGGGGACAUUUGGUCUCUCAUCCAUCCUUUGCAUCGUUCGACAGCAAAAGGCCGGGAAAAAAGCAGUUUCUGGUUACACGGUGGAAGUUCAGACAGGCCAUCUCUCUACAGCCACACGCUCUGGUCUUCGAGGUCUUCGAACGUUCACCGAAGCCACCACAAAGUCCACGGCAAAGACAAAAACUUUGUCGGGGUUAAUGAUGGUAUGGAUCCCCUGCUCCAUUCUUGAACAAGCAUUGCCAGCCCUCGUCGCACGCUACCAGAAGGCACAGAAGAGUAAAAACAAGCCCAGCCUUGCCACGUCAUCAACCUACAAAGUCAUAUUCCCGAAGCAUGUUCCUAGUGCUACCACCAUCACUGGGAAUAAUGUACCCGUUGCUGGGCCUAGCACAGCUCCCGUUGCUGGGCCUAGCAGUAGGGCCGUCGCUAGGCGUAGUGUCGGACCAAUCGCUAUGCGUAGGGGGGUUUCUGCCACCAUUGCUGGGGGUAUCAUGGCACCUAUUGCUGGGCUUACUGUGGUGCCCACUGCUGGGCGUAGCAUUGCGCUUGUUGCGGAGCAUCCUGGUAGUUCACCGAACAACGCCAUUUACAUUGAUUGA